UCCUUCUUUGGACUAUUAUAUCUCCAGCUGCAACUCUUACGGGUCUCAUUUUCUUUUCUUUUCAAAAUGGGUAACUGGGUUGUGAACGAGGGGCUUUCCAUCUUUGUCAUUCUGGUAUGGCUUGGGAUCAAUGCUUAUCUCUUUGUGCAUUUCUAUAUUGUUUACCUCAGUGACAGAUUUUUCUACACUAGAGUUCUUCUCGGGCAUGCCUUGUCCUGGGCCAGAGCCCCAGCUGCCUGCCUUAAUUUUAACUGCAUGCUCAUUCUCCUGCCAGUCUGCCGAAAUUUACUUUCCUUUCUCCGAGGAUCCUGCCAGUGCUUUAGUCGUAAUGUCACAAGGCAACUGGACGGUAAUAUCACCUUUCACAAACUGGUUGCCUACAUGAUUGCAUUUCACACUGCUGUCCAUAUAAUAGCUCAUUUAUUCAACUUCGAGUGGUUCAUGGAUGCCCAGUUAGACAACACCACAAGUCUUCCUUAUGUGUUGUCACAAAUUGGAAAUGGAGACAACAGGUCCUAUCUGAAUCCGAUCCGAACCAACCAAACAAACCCAACAGAAGUGGCAUUCACAUACUUAGCUGGUCUCUCAGGUGUGGCCAGUACCUUGGCUCUGAUUUUGAUGAUUACUUCAUCCAUGGAAGUCAUCCGGAGGUCUUACUUUGAAGUCUUCUGGUAUACUCAUCACCUUUUUGUCGUCUUUUACAUUGGGAUAGUGAUACAUGGAAUUGGACGAAUUGUGCGUGGCCAGACUGCAGAAAGUAUCAAAGUUCAUGAUCCUAAACAGUGUAUCAGCCAGUAUCAAACAUGGGGAAAGAACAAUACAGAGUGUCCUGUGCCAGACUUUGCAGGAAAUCCUCCAAUGACUUGGAUGUGGGUGGUCGGACCUAUGUUUUUAUACCUGUGUGAAAGACUAGUGCGAUUCUGGAGAUCACAACAGAAAGUUGUUGUUACAAAGGUGGUUACACACCCUUCCAAAACAAUAGAGCUACAGUUGAAGAAGAAGGGUUUCAAGAUGGAAGUUGGUCAGUAUGUGUUCAUGAAGUGCCCAUCCAUCUCCCAACUGGAGUGGCAUCCGUUUACACUGACAUCUGCUCCAGAAGAAGAUCACUUCAGUGUCCACAUCCGAAUCGUGGGUGACUGGACACAGAAAUUAUUUGAGGCUUGUGGUUGUGACAAGAAAGAGUUUCAGGAAGCCUGGAAGCUGCCAAAGAUCGCUAUUGAUGGGCCUUUUGGUACAGCCAGUGAGGAUGUCUUCCGCUAUGAAGUGGUCAUGCUGGUAGGGGCCGGCAUUGGUGUAACACCCUUUGCCUCCAUCCUCAAGUCGGUUUGGUACAGAUAUUCCCACAACAACACCAACUUAGUGACUAAAAAGAUCUAUUUCUACUGGCUCUGCAGAGAGACCCAGGCCUUCGAGUGGUUUGCUGAUCUGCUGCAGUCCCUGGAGAGUCAGAUGCUGGAGAGAGGAAAUGCUGACUUUCUCAGCUACAACAUCUACCUGACUAGUUGGAAUGAGGCUGAGGCAACCCAUUUUACUGUUCAUCAUGAAGAGGAGAAUGAUCCUAUAACAGGACUGAAGCAAAAAACUCUUUAUGGGAGACCGAAUUGGGACAAUGAAUUUAAGACCAUCGCAAGCAAUCACCCAGGUACUAGAGUCGGAUUGUUUCUGUGUGGUCCGGAGAGUCUCGCCAAAUCUCUGGGAAAGAACUGCAACACCCACUCUGAUGCAGACCCACGAGGAGUUCACUUCAUAUUCAACAAGGAGAACUUCUAGACCCCACCUGAACCAGGAGGAAGUACUCCAGCUGCCUCUGCAGGCGAAAUCUGACAGCAGUGUUUGUUGUCAACUGCUGCAUGGUAACGCUGAAUACUGUAUUAAAAGGAGUUUGAGAUAUGCUAAUCUUUAGUUAAACUGGGCAUACAAAGACUGAAUACUUAUACAGCAUACAAAUCCAAUUUAUUCUGCAGUGAUAGAAACAACAAGUUACUUCUUUCUCAGUAUUAGUGUUUGCAUCUCAUGACAUAAAUCAAAGUAAGAUGUUAACUAAGAGCUAAAAGAAAGACAUUUCAUGGUUAAAAACAAAAUUCACAAUAAACCCUGAAUAAACACAUUCAUUGUCAUGAAGAUACUAAGUACCUAAUAGAGCAAAAUACGUGAAUUUUGGUUCUAAAUACAUAUACUUAUACAUAAUUCUGUCAUUAUCAAAUUUCAUUCAUUGUUUAUGUGACAUAACAUUAAAGAUAGAUGCUGGUUUAAAUAUACUGGAUUUAUAGGGGUUUUGCACUGGGAUAUAAAAUGAACUCCAUUCAAAGAACUAACAGAGCAUUCAUUACCUAUAUGUAAAGAGUCAGCCUGUAUCAGGAAAAUAAAAAAUCUGUCUAAAACAUCAAGCAUUCUGAUAAGUACACUGAUACAGUAGGGUGUUUAGGAUAAGUUGUUUGUAUUCCAGAGGUUGAAUUUAUUUUUGGCUAACUCCCCUUUUAAAGCAUUUUAAUCAUCUAUCAUCUAAAUAUGCUAUAAGAUAAAGGAUAAAGCUUAUUUUUGUUUCCGAUAUCAGUAUUAUGUUUUCUUUCAUUUGUAAUUAACACUGCAUCUGUCCAUCCCGCAGAUAAUUAUUGAUGUGAUGGUGCUUCUGCUGCAUUAGAUAUAAAGCUGCUUUUAUUUUGGUCUAAAGAAAGCUUGUCAUACUGCCCGUGACACAGCUGAAUUCUGCUAAUGAUUGCCAUUCUUGCUCACCUCUCUAUCUACUUCCACCCGACAUACUGUAUUUCAAAUUCGGCACCUUAAGAUCAAAGCACAGAUCAAAGGUUUAUGACCUGCUAAUUAAAACUAAUGUGCAUGAUGAAAGAUUUCAUAAAAACAUUUUUCUUUGAUCCAAGAGAGAAAAAAAAAUUGGGUUAAUUACACCAGGAAGAUAUUAUCUUAAAUCUUACAUCCAAACAUGUAUACAUUAGUAUCCUGAUAUUGUUCUGCACUGUUUAUUAUAGAAUUCAUUAUUCAUUCAAAACUCAUAAGAACAUAAGAAGGCAUUUCUUGAAAGAAGCCAGGGAAUCAGCUUCAAUGACAUUACUUGGUAGCUGUGUCAUAUUGGCACACUUCUUCGUAUAAAAGGUGCCACCUACUGUACAGUGUUCUGAGUUUGGAAAGAAACUUCCCACAGUUGCCAAUAGUAUCCACUUGUUUGUCUUUCAUUGACAAUUCUUCUGCUUACUCCAAAUCAGUCCUUUGGGUUGAAUUUGUUAUUACACUUAAGGAUUUAGAAUAUUUAAAUCAGGCUCCCUUUAUUCUUCUCUGUUUAAGAAUAAGUAGGCUAUGUUCUUUUAGCCUAACGCCGUAGGAUAUUUCUUGAAGAUGGGGAAUGUAUUUGGUUGCUUUUCUCCAGAGUAAUACAAUACCAGCAAAAACUUCCGUGUUUGCUCCAGCCUGAUCUAGAUUGUGGUAUACUAAUCAUACUUGAAUCUAGACCAUUGUUAGAUAUUAAAAGUCGUUGUCCAGAUCCUUGUAGUACGCUACUAAUUACCGCAACUCACUUGGAACUUUUAGUUUCUUUGCUCUCCGUUUUCUGUCAUUUUUAUAGUUCUCAAUCCAAUUUCCUGCCUGCAGUCUAAGAAAUAAUUAUAUUAUAAGGAACCUUGUUUAAAAGCCUUAAAGCAUUGUAACUACUGUACAUCAUAUUGCAUUCUUUGUGUGUGUCCAUUAUUGCUGUUGCUGUUCAAAGAACUCUUUCAGGAGUACAUCCUCAAGCCGUGGAAAUUUAUCUUAGGUACUUAUUAUACUGGUAACACUUCCUGCCUCUCAGCUCAAAUACGCACGCAAAGGCCUUUCAUUUUGUGCAUAGAUUUUCCUUAAAGUGUUUUAAUAAAAUACUUCAACUGAU